GCAAGAAUUAUCGCAGGCUGCCUUUCGCGUUCUCUCGGAGGGAUUGUUCACGACUUCUGGCCCGCCGUUAUAGCGGCACUCCAUCGUUUCAGUCUUCCUGCUAGACUCCUCAGAAAAUACCCUGCGGCUCGGUCGUACUCACCAUUGAACUUUGUCAUCUUGUACCACCAAGGCUAAACAGAGGUCAUGAACCCGGACAACGUAAAAGUGGUCCUCAUCCUGGUCGGGCUUAUUGGGUCGGGGAAGUCCACUUUCGCCCAAGCGUUGGAAAAACACGUCCCUCGCUUCAGACGAUGCAACCAGGACGACCUCGGCAACAGACAACGCGUAGAGGCACUCGCCCGGGAGAGCCUGGACGAGGGCCUCUCGGUGUGCAUUGACCGGUCGAACUUCGACGCUCGACAGCGGGCGACGUGGAUCAGCAUCGCGCGCGAGUUCCCAGGGACGGAGGCGUGGGUCCUCGUCCUUGACACGCCGUACGAGGUAUGCGCGCAACGGCUCCAAGAACGCACAGACCACCCGACAAUCAAGUCACCCUCCGAAGCGCUCCCCAUCCUCUCCCGCUUCUCUUCCCAAUACCGCCCGCCCUCGGCGCACGAGGGCUACACCCGCUUCCUCAGCCUCCCACCCAGCGAGCAGCCGCUUGAGUACACGCGCGAGGACGUUCUCGCCAUUCUUGACCGCCUGCGCGACGCGCAGCCCCCGCCGGAGCCGCAGUCCCGGAUCGACGCGUUCUUCCCGGCUGCGGGCAGAGGUUACGGAGUGCGAGGAGGAUGGCGUGGAGGCGGUGGGGGCGGUGGGUAUCGAGGAUAUGGAGGCGACGGGUAUCGAGGAUAUGGAGGCGACGGGUAUCGAGGAUAUGGAGGCGGCGGGUAUCGUGGGGCUGGUAGCAGCGGAUCUCGAGGGGCGUCGGGUUCGACGCGGGGACAUGGGUACAUGCCUUAUGAGAGACGAGGUUGGUCUGCAGAAGGUAGUUCUCAGCCGCAACAGAGGCCAGGACCAUGAGGGGUCCCAUUCAGACUCCCGGGGACGAGGAUGCGGAUGCGUCGAGUCGGACUCGUGGAGACGCGACGAAAUGCGGCCUGACGUUGGGAUAUGUGAGUUCCUACAUCUUCUUAGCACUGUCUUGUGACCC